AUGAUUGUAGGAUUAGAUACAACAUAUACCAUAACAGCUAGUGGUAUUAUUAUUUUUGCUGGAAAUACUUUAAAGUUAGACCGUAUAAACUUGAGUGCCGCUCUGAUUGAUCCAUCGCUUAUGGGAUUUUUCGCUCUAGCGAAUUCCCUCUUUGUCGUAAAAUUAAGCCAGUUUUCAAGUACGUCACCAUCCCAGGCAUCUGGCAUAGUAACCUUUGGAGUAAUAUGUAUUGUGUCAUGUCCUACUUACUGUCACAACCCUCACUUGUGGCAAAGGAAACUAUUAUCGAACGGAGUGAUUGGAAUAAUCUCAUAUCAAAAAAAUGUUGCCGAAUUGGAUGCCUGGUACAAGGAAAUAGCUACCAUUACAUCAGGAGUUUGUAUCACUUCCAUUCUAUUUGUUUUACAAACCCUGACAUAUAUUAACAACAAUAAGAAAGAUCUUCUGUGGAAAGACAAUCAAUUUGCUAUCCUUUAUCUUCUCUACACUGCCAUUGCUAUUAUUGGAUUGAUUGUAGCAUUAAUUGGAGCAAAAGCAUCGCGUUAUCCUAGUGAUAUUUUUAAUCAUUCUAUAAGAUACUCGCCUAGAAGUGAUUCUAACAAUAUUUGCAUGCUAGCUAGUGCAUUGCUCGCCGGUGGUAUUGGGAUAUCAAGUUUAGGCCUACUAAACCAGGAAAUUUGGGGUUUCUCAACUCUAUUUAUUGCUGUUACUAUAUGUUAA